CGCGAAAUUUCUUUUCUUCUUCCUGUUAAGUGUGAACAUUUCCGGAGAUCUAUUGUUGAUGGACGCUAUUUAUAUCUUUAGAGACGCCGGCUCACAGUAGAUUCGUUUAGUUUCUUCUCGUUCAAUCCCGCUCGAGCACCAGCAGCAUGUCUCAGGCUCGAGUUACCGACUUCUUUUCCCAGAGAAAGAAAGUAAUCGCCGGUCCGGUGAAACUAGCCAAGCAGCGCAGCGACGCUGUUGUCAGUCGCGGUUCUUCUAAGAUUAGCACCAUCUGCCCAAGGCCGAGAUCCGAUAAAAACAAAGACGCUUUCCUCUCUUCAUCUUCCGUCCACGAAGAGUUUGUCCGAGUUAUCGACGAGGCAGUGGGGCUGAACGAAGCAGAGACUGCUACCAGGCACACAGCGAAGGAUCCCCCCUGCAGUCCCCGGACACCAAAGCGGACUUCUGCCGACGCAGAAUUUGACCUCGGGGCAGCCGUGUUUUCAGCCUCCGCCGACCACAGCACGGCCAAGAAAAGACGGCAAGUCGAAGCAGUUAGAGACGAGGAGAAAGCAACAAGGAGGACUGCAAGGAAGAAACUGGUCCUCCCUCAAGACACACCACAGGCUGCAGCCCAGCCGCUGCCCAGUGAGGUGAGCAAGAAGCCCUCAGCUCCUGCAGCCCCUACGUCUGAGAACCAUGUUAACACCCAAACCAGCAGCUCUCCACAGAGGAGUCAAGACAACAGCAGAGCACAGGCCAGCAAGGUUCUGUGUAAAGAGGACAUCACAGCCCUCAAGUCUCGCCUUCAGAGGAUCAAGAAACAUGCAGAGGAAACAACCAGCGCCGCCUCCUCCGCAUCAGUUUCCAUCCCCUCCUCCUCCUCUACAGUGGAUUCAGUACCUGUGAGCACCUAUCCUGCUGCCACCAUGCCCCCCACCUCUGAUGCUAAGGCCCUCAAGUCCACUGUAGCACGAGCCAAAGAGCUUGCAGCUAAAGCUCAGAGGAGGAAGGAGGAGAAAGAGUCAGAGGAGAGCAAGAAAAGUGAGACACAAUCCCAGGAGAGUACUGAGCAGCCAGCAUACCAGCGGUACCACACCCUUGCCCAGGCAGCCCCCCCAGGCCUAUCCCUGCCAUACCAGUACAAGGUCCUGGCUGAGAUGUUCAGGAGUGUGGACACUGUGGUGGCCAUGCUGUACAACCGCUGUGAGACAGCCACCUUCACCAAGAUCAAACAGGGAGUUCAGGACAUGAUGCACAAGCGGUUUGAGGAGAGCCACAUGGGUCAGAUAAGGACAGUGUUUCCUGAGGCAUAUACAUUCAGACAAGAGAAGAACAUCCCAACGUUCAACAGCAGCAUUAAGAAGGGCAGCUACCAACUGACCAUGGAACCCGUCUUUCACUCUGACCAGAACGAAGCUCGUCCUAUUCUGUCAGCCUCAUGUCUCCUGGAGAGAAGACGCAUCUUCCACCUGAAUCUGGUUUCCAUUGUUAAACAGCACCACAAGGUCUUUCUGUCCUCUUUGGUUCCUCCAGUGUCUGUACCAGAAGACAAACUGACCCGCUGGCACCCUCGCUUUAAUGUGGACACUGUACCAGCUGUGCAGAACAGCUCACUGCCUCAGCCUCCUCACACUGAGAAACGGGUCACUGCUCAGGAGGUGCUGGACAAGGCCCGCUCACUCAUCACACCCAAGAUGGAGAAGGCUUUGGUUUCUCUGGCUCUGAAGACAGAGGAUACAGAAAGCAAAGAGCCAGAAUCUCUAAGCAACCCACCAGCUACCAAAAUAUCCACUCCAUCACCUGCCCCAGCAACUGGGGUCCCAACUGCCCUGAAAGGAGUGUCCCAGUCCCUGCUGGACAGGAUUCGAGCAAAGGAGGCCCAGAAGCUCCAGGCAACCAUGACUCGAAACCCCACCCAGGAGGAUCGCCUGCUGAUGAUGUCACGGCUCAGGGAGCUGGCCAGAAUUCUGCGGAACGUGUUUGUUGCUGAGAAGAAACCUGCUUUGAUCAUGGAAGUGGCCUGUAACAGGAUGGUAGCCAGCUACAGAUCUGCUCUCAGCACAGGCGAGAUGGAGAAACACAUCCGUCUGCUGGCAGAAGUGGCUGCUGAUUGGCUGACUAUCCAUCCAAUCAGGAAGGACAUCUAUCUGAAGUUGAACAAGAACAUGGAGCUCAACGUGGUUCUGGACAAACUGAGCAAGAGACUCCGAGAGGAGGAGAGACUCUGAGAGAGCUGAAAAGCUGAUUUAAAUGACAGAAUGAUGACUGCGCAAUGUUGUGGCCCUUUACAGUGACCUGCUCACCUCUGAGGUCCCUGCUGUAUGUGCUGCUAACAGACUGAAGGCUCCUGUGCCUUAUUUUUAGUUAAUGUUGCUCACGUGUUGGAAAACUGGCACGUUUGACAUAUUGGACGCUAUGUGUUUUGUGGUGUACGAUGUGCUCCAGGCUGAAUAUGAGUGUGAAAACAGUCAGAUGAAUAUACACACAAGUCCAGGGGGGCGGUACAACCUAAUAUCCUGGGGCCGCAGGGGACUGACCAAACGUGGUUCUGGUAUUCCUACCAUCCUCCUGUGUUGUAAACAGGUUAUUUUAACUGCAGUUCUGUUAUAGUGACUUAUGUGCUUUGUUUUGGGUGUUUUUUGUGUAUAAUUGGUGUGUACAGGUGUUUUCAUCUGCUUCCAGUCUUUUUAGGGAUCAGUUUUCUACAGUGUAGAACACUGAGUGUUUACAUUUUUAAAAGUUCAGUUUGAUUAUUGUUGAAGAAAUACAAAGCAUGUGUCAGA